CUCGGCUAUUUUAUCCCAAAGAGGAAGAUUUAAAUGGAGUAAAAAAAAAAGUUGAAGGGAAUUAAUUUGCCUAAACCUCUCCAUUUUCAUCAGAUAAUCAACAAAACUAUAGUUUAAAGAAAUAUACUUUUUAUUGUACGUACAUCAAGUAUAAUGUCUGUAUCUGUAGCCCACUGGUGGCGCUGCUGGUCUCUGGAUUGAAGUAUUUCCUCAUAUUAAUGGGGAAACUUCAACCACACCUCAGUGAUCAUCAGGGAACAGAGUCACUUCCACCCUCAGCUCUCCACACAAGAGCCGCUCACUGCGCCUCGCGCUCUCAUCUCAGAUUCAUCUAUAACAGCUCUGCCUCGUAUAAACCCCACAGUCCCAUAGAAUCAACUGGAAAUCAGGGGCCCAGAAUAACUGCGGGAAUAAGGGGUCUUGUGUAUAUAUACUUAAAGCAGAGACAUCGACAAGGAUUCUGCAGAGAUCAGGACGGAGGUUUUCGGACGAGCCACAGCUUAUAUCGCUGGGUGUUGAGGAUAAGAUUCUCUCUUUAUCUUGUCUCUAAACGGCCUGCAGGGUGGCGAGAGAGAGGGGGGAACCCAGCCGGUGCAUGCCGGAGAUGAGUGCGUUUUGGCAUAAGAUCGGCUGCUGUGUGGUAGCCAAGCCUCCUCCGAAGAAGAAACGGAGGAGAAUUGACCGCAGCAUGAUCGGAGAACCCACAAACUUUGUUCAUCUGACACACAUAGGCUCUGGUGAAAUGGCAGAUGGCAUGCAACCGUCUGGCCCAAUGCAGGAACAAAUGAGAUCCAAAGUGCCUCAUGCAAAUGGACGAAACAGCUUGUUAUAGCCUCUUCACCACUCCGUAAAGUGUCCUCAGCAGAACCUGUCCAGCUAGCAGCACUGCACCAAUGAGGAGGAGAUAAAGAGCAGAUCCCGAUCACAAAAAUGACAACCUCCUUGCUGCAGCUACCAACAUGGACCUCUGCAGGUUUUUUUAUCUUUUGGAUCCUCUGGAAUGUCUCAGAGGAGACUCCACCCACCCCCUCCCCCCACUCUUAAGACUGUUAUUAAAUUUGGAGCGGAUUGUAUGAGAACGCCUGACAUAGAGUGUGAAUGUGUGACGUGUGCGUUUGAGACACUGGCUGUGCUUGCAGUGGAAAAGGAAAGGCUCUUAUCGCUUUAACACAGGGGACUAUUUGACUGCCUUCCCAAAGUUAUAACUGGCAUGUUUGUCAUAGUCUGUCGUUGAUAAGGAUUUGCGCAAGUGUGUGUUGGCUUUUGUUUUGUAAUGGAAAUAUAUGUGCACCUAUACCAUUAUAGUGUCUCCAACUGCUUGUCAUUAACAGUUGCACAAAUUAGUGUAUUAUACAAAGCCCUCUGGUAUGUGUAUAGGAGAAAGAUAGAGUAUGAAAAUAUGGCUUUUUUAUGUCCGCAUGUCUGAUAAUGCAUUAACAAAUAAUGUGUAAUGGCCUUUAUAACACUAAAUGAAUAGUUUUAAAUAUUCCUAAAAUAAAAAUACUCAUUCACCAAGUCAUUUCAAACAUAUACACUCUUAAAAAUUAAAGGUGCUUCACGAUGCCAUAGAAGAACCUUUCACAAUUGGUUCUUUGUAACAAAAGAAGGCUCUUCAGAUUAUAAAAAGGUAAGAAAGAGAUGGUUCUUUAAAGAACCUUUGACUGAAUGCUGCUUUGUGGAACCAGAAAUGGUUCUUCUAUGGCAUCACUGUGAAGAACUUUUAAAGCUUAUUUUAAGAGUAGGCCUAUACAUUUUUUUUUUUUUUUUUUUUUUUUUCUGUGAUUACUAGUACAACAUCAAUGCAUAGUGAUACAAUGAAUAAGCUAUAAAAAAUCCAAAAAGGCACUAUAAUGGCUUCAGACCACAUGGAUUUUUGAGGACCAUAUAUUUUUUAAUUAUUAUUAUUAUUUGAAUUUUUUGGAGAGCGUCUAACAAGCACUACAUUGUAAAAAAUCUGCAUGAAAAUUCUUCAAAAAAUUCUCCACCAUAAAAAAAAAGUUUGAAAUGAAAUAAGGGUUGAGUAAAUCAUUUUUAUUUUAGGUGAAUUAUUCCUUUAAUCCUUAAGUAUUAGAAAAAGGCUAUUAUCUGUUUAUCUGAGUGGAGACUUUGAACGGUGGCUUCCUGCCAGCAGCGAGCCACUGCCCCUUGUCAUUUAAACAUUACAUUUAAUCUCACUUUCACACAUCAAGCUCCACCCCACACCACCAUCAUGUUUCCAGUCCUCACACGGCUCAAUGAUUAAAUCACUGAUUUACACACACACACACACACACACACUUUGCAUACUUUACUCUGUACUUUGUUUUUGAAUGCAGCUCAAUGUAGCACAAAGUUGGGCUGAAAUGUUAAACAUGAUGUUUUUGCUUAUAAUUGUGAUGUUUUAUUUCAAAGGCAUUGCUUUGCAAGAUCCCAAACUGUAAUUUACUUUGUAUUUGCUGUAAUUUGUUGGGAAAUGUCAUAGGAAAAAAUGUGCGUAGCGAACGCUUUCAGAUUGUGCAUGUUGCUUUUGAAUGUUUUAGUUUUUUUUUUUUUUUUUUUUUUUUAGUGGAAUGCAUUUCAUUCUUAGCUGGCAGUAUAGAGAAACAUGCAGAUGUUUGCACCCUUAACUUAAUUAUAUGUUGCUUGCAGAUUUUCUCACUUUUUGGUUUUAUGUGACUGUUUGCCCAUUUUUAUUUUUUAAGUAUCUGUCUUGUUUUUUAAAGCCAUAAUGUUUGUGCAAAGCACUCAUUAGGCUCUUUUUGUCUUUAAUGCUUUUCUUUUUAUUAUUCUUUACUUUUUUAAGUCUAUUAGUCCAACUGAUUGAUUUAGUUUAAAUGGGAGCAGUAAUAGUGUUCUGUUCAUAUGGCAUGGUGUUAUGUUGAUGAAUCCUUUUGUGUCUUGGUUUGUAACAAUACAGUUGUACAAAGAGCAA